AUGUCAAAGUUUGAUAAGUUUAAAUUCUCAAAACUGAAAGCAGUCUUCUCCAACCGCACUAAAUUCAGCAUCAACGAGAUCAAUGAUGACCACAUGAUCCACAUUGCACCCAAUUAUGAGAGUGGUAACCCCAAAGCAACUGAGACUUUUGCUUACGGAGAAGCCUUUUCUUUUUGGUUUGAGAACUUGGCCAAAAGACACUCGAACUGGAACAUGACCAACACUCAUGCAUCCCAGGCCACCAGAACUGUCAGUCCCAAAGACGUUGUAACAACUGUGUACUUCGUCUGUGACCACCAGGGUUUGCCCAAGAAGGUCAAACUAGUUGAAGACACUGGCAAUCAGAAAGCCAAAAGGGUUCAAACCAGAUCAAUUAAGAAUAGCUGCAAGGCCAAAAUCACUAAGAAGACCUUGCAAAAUGCUAGUCUUGGCAUUUCUAGUUUCCCGAUGUCUCUGUGCAUCAAUGCUCAUUUGAACAAGCUUUCAAGAAAAAACGCCAUUGAUAAGGCAAGUGUCAAGCAAUGGAUCGAGUUCUUAGAAAAAAAAAAAGAACUAUCUGGUUCACAUUGUCUUUCAUCAAGAUUCUUGAGUUGGCAAAUGAGUGAUGCAUUGACUCCACUCACAAGACUUGCAAAUCCUUGGUGUAUUCCAAGAAGCACUCGUAUUUACUUAAUCACAACCUUGUCACAAUGGCUCAGUUGGGUUAAAUCCAACUGUAGCCUGCGUGUCAAGCGCGUGAUGAUUGACUGCAGCCCAGUCGAGAUUGGUGCCCUAGAGGAAGUCUUUGGCCAGUUGGUUCAGGUUCUUUUGUGCUACUGGCACAUCAAGAGAGCAUGGGAGAUGUACAUCAAAAAAGAUAUAAAUUAUGUAAAAAUUACUGGAGCCACCCAUGAAAGCAAGUGUGAGCAAGAUGCAGUUUGGGUAACCCUCAACUUACUGAUACAUGCCAAAACUAAGGAGGCGUUUGACCAGCAAUACGAGGAAUUUGUUUCCAAGUUUGCUGGUCAUGAGAAAUGUGUGGCAUACUUUGCCACGCACUGGCAUGCUAAAUUCCACACGAACAAUCUUAUUGAAUCCUAUCACCAUAUCUUGAAAGCUUACUACUUGGGAAGAUCAAAAAACUUCUGGGUUGACCGGUUAGUUUACAUGCUCUCCCAAGUAGUUGAGUAUGACUAUAAACAAGAGGGUCUCAAGAUUAUGUAUGGGUUCAAGAAGCUUGUUCUCACUCAUGUUGAGAAGGCUAAGAAGAAAAAGGCUUUUGACGUUGAUCACGAGGAUGCUCUUUGCAUGAUUAAAACUGUAGAAGACAACUUGAUGUACAAGUGUUGCUCUUUUACUGACAAUUCUGUUUGGUAUGAGGUCUUGCUUAAAGAGAAAAACCCAGAAGUUCAGGUAGUUAAGAGAAAUGAGGAAAGUGCUGCAGCACAAAAUGAGUUGCAUUUGCUUGAGCUUGAUGAAGUUUCUGAAAGCAGAAAACUUGAAGAGUGGUUCUGGGAUAGACGUAACAUCCCAGAUUUUGAGAGAUUGCUUGUCUCUGAUAGAAGAAAUCGGCGUUGCUUCUCAGCAAAAGUAUAA